GUCUGGGUUCACUUUGUGUCAACACAUGUUCAUUCCCACCUCAGAGCCAUGCGUGUUGAGCUAAAAAACGUUGUGAGUUCUAUUGUUAGCAGUUAUUUUUAAACUAUAAAACAUGCCAAAAGACAUUUCUUCGUCUUCGAGCGAGGAUGAAACGGACAAUGUUGCCAUGGAAACAACGGAACGGCAGAAAGAACCCGCCAGGAAGACCGCACGGCUGGAGUGUCCUGAGGACUUUGUGUCUUUCUGCCACGUCCCCUGCAGCAGCACGCUGGCAGACAAUCUGAGGAACAACGAGAACGAGUUGUGGCUCAUUAAAGCUCCUGCCAGCUUCGACCCCCACUGCUUCAGCGGCGUCCAGGUUCCCCUGUCGGGUCUCCAGACCCUUAAGGUUCCGGUUGGACCGGUCCAGCAGAGCUACAGCGUCCUGGCGUCGUCCCACCCCAACGACCUUCACCUGCUCACCAGCGACAGCCGGACGUCGGACGGCUUCGUCUUCGCUCCGGCCUUUUCCGGCCUGCUGAACAUCUGCGAAAGCUACGGGGACGCCGGCGCCGAGCGGGCGCCACAUGUUGUGCCGACCGCCCUGGCGCCCGCCAUCCCCUCCGGCCUCAAGCAGCGGUUCCACCCGUUCGGCAGCAAGACCCCGAAGCUCACCUAUGUGGCGGAGAAUGAGGCGGACGGAGCCGCGUUCGGGCCGUCGUCGACGACGCUGCGGCCGCUGGUGAUGAAGCAGUUCGUAGAAGACGGAGGCCGGGUGGGUGAGGAUGACGAGGAGGAGGGCAGGAAGAGGAAAAAGAAGAAGAAGAAAGAGAAGCGGAUAAAAUCUGAAGAAGUGGAAGUGUUGCUGCAGAUGAAACAGGAGCCAUCCGAUGAAAAUCUGGAUGAAGUGACGGCGGCGGGUCUUCCUUUCGGAGAGGAGAAGACGACGAAGAAGAAGAAGAAGAAGAAGGACAGGGAGCGGGAGGAGGUGGAGGAGGGGCUGGAGCCCGGCGUGAAUGUUAAGGAGGAAUCAGUUUCUGUGAAAUGUGAGCCGCUGGACGUUUUAUACAGCGACGCAGCGGAGAGUUCAGGGAAGAAGAAAAAGAAGAAGAAGAAAAGCAGAACUGAGGAGGACGUGCAGUCCUGAUUCCCUCCAUCUUUGAACGUCUCCAGACGUAAACGCUUAAAGCUGCAGCAUGUAACGUUUA